AAGACGGGACUUGGUGCACGCGAGUGGACGGACCGCUUGAUGCUCCUGAUCGUGUACUGUUCGAUUUCGACGUCGGAAGCAUUACGAAGCAAUGGUCCGUCUUGAAUAGUGUACCUCCUUCAGGAAAGAACUUGGGACAAGUAAAUCGGUUAUACUUUAUCAGCAGAGGUAACGUUCCUGUCUUCACCGCAGUGUUAGUCGAGUAUCUUCUUAAUGAUGUCAUCGUAUUAUCAUACGGGGAAAGAGGUGGACAUGGCGGCGAUGACGGAACCCCUCUGUUUAGAAAGAGAUGUGUGUAGAGUGAUCGAGCUGUUGGACCGGCUGCAAAGGAGUGGCGAGCUGCCACCUCCCAAGCUGCAGGCGCUGCAGAGAGUCCUACAGAGCAAGUUCUGUGCUGCCAUCAGAGAGGUAUAUGAACAGCUCUAUGACACCUUGGACAUUGUGGGUGGCCCUGAGGUUCGUGCUCAGGCAACAGCUAAGGCCACAGUGGCAGCCUUCGCAGCUAGCGAAGGCCACGCCCACCCCCGUGUGGUGGAGCUCCCCAAGACAGAUGAGGGGCUAGGCUUCAACAUCAUGGGAGGGAAAGAGCAGAACUCUCCUAUUUACAUUUCCAGGGUAAUUCCCGGGGGUGUGGCUGACCGACAGGGCGGGCUAAAGAGAGGAGACCAGCUGUUGUCCGUCAACGGUGUGAGUGUGGAGGGUGAGCACCAUGAGAAGGCGGUGGAGCUUCUGAAAGCUGCGCAGGGUUCAGUGAAGCUGGUUGUGCGCUAUACCCCGAAAGUGCUGGAGGAGAUGGAGGCCAGGUUUGAAAAGCUCCGCAGUGCCAGUAGGCGGCGCCAGCAGCACACUAGCUACUCGUCUUUAGAGUCUCGGGGUUAACCAAUCCAUUCGUCUGGCCAACCUGUUGCCCACCCCGUCACUCAAUCCUCCAAUGGGAAGACACAAGACUAGCAUUGACAUCAAGAUGAGCACAGACUUGAUUUAGAUGUUACUUAUAUGUUAGUGGAAACUUCCCAAAACAGUAGACCUCAAAUGUACUCUUUCCCCUGGCCACUUGUAGGGAAAGACUGCAUUAUGUAUCCAGUCUGUUGGAAUGAUUAUCUAUCAGUCUAUUUAUUUAUUCACGUCUGUCAGAAAACAGCCAGUUGUAUAUUGUUCAGUAUUGGUAGCAAAGAACAUAGACACAACUAUAGCAAAGAUCUGAUGUGAAUACAGUGUAUUCACCCAUCAGAUGCAUGCAUAUCCACACCUCCAAGGGCUCUGUGUGUGGUGCAACCUGCUUUGUCUAAGAUUUUUAGUAAAGGACUGGAUCCCUUGAGUGAGAGUUGCCUAAGCUCUCAGACCACUCACAUUUCAAUUAUUUGUUGAGUUGAAGUUUCAGACAAAGUACAAAUGGCAAUGUCUGGAGUUGUGCCUGUGUGUCCUAAUAAUAUGGGUGACAUUGUUACUGUAUAAAAGAAUAUAAUAAAGGACUCCUGACCUCAUACUGGAUGAAUCCUCUGAUAAAGGAACACUAUCUGCCUGUCUGUGUAAGCAAGUGAAUUGGAUGAGAGUAUGAGACACAAGUGUUAUGUAAAUGUUGUAAAUAUACUUACUGAUAAAAUGUCAUUCUGUCUACAGGUUCUGUCCCUGUGGUAUGGCUCUUAUUGUGUGUUUUUGAUCUGCCAAUCAUGCCUGUUCGCACAUUCAUGAGCUUACUGACAUUCAUUUAUUCCUACAAUAAAGUCAACAAUCUAAUGGUC